CUCUCAAAUAAAUAAAAUCUUAAAAAAAAGAGAGAAUGAAAUAAAGGCUAUCACUACAUACUCUGAAACCACCAAAAGAAUAUUCACCCAUAAAUCUCACAACUUAGACGAAAUGAACUGCUUCCUUGAAAAACACAAACUACCAAAACCCACCCAAUUUGGAGUAAUUUGAACAGCUCUGUAACUAUCAUGAAGUCUACUUUGCAAUCUAAAAAUUCCUACAGAAGAACUCUAUGGGCCCAGAUGUUUUUACUGUGGAAUUCUGCCAGAUCUUUAAAGAAGACUUAACACCAGUGCUACAUGAUUUCUUCCAGAAAAUAGAAGAGGAAACACUUCCCAAUUCGUUCUAUGGAGAAGGCAUUAAUGGCCUUCAGGGAUGUGGCUGUGGCCUUCACCCAGAAGGAGUGGAAGUUACUGAGUCCUGCUCAGAGGACCCUGUAUCGGGAUGUGAUGCUGGAGAACUACAGCCACUUGGUGUCACUGGGAAUUGCCUUUUCCAAACCCAAACUCAUCACACAGCUGGAGCAAGGGGAUGAGCCCUGGAGAGAGGAGAGUGAAUGUCUUCUGGACCUUUGUCCAGCAGAACCAGGGACAGAAUUCCGGCCAUGGGGCCAUUCCUGCCCGGUGACCUUUUCCAGUACUCAGUUCCUCAAACAGUAUGUGCUGUGUGGUCACCUUCCUCAGAUCUUCCCAAGCUCAUACGCAGGAAGCCCCAUCCCAGUGGAAGCUCCAAACUGCUCAAGUGAACAAGCGGAUGAUGGAGACAUGGAGGGGAGACUCCGGCUGAGUGGGGUUUCCAGGGUGCUCUUCAGACCCUCUCAGGACUGGCCAGUAGACUGGGUAGAAGGCAACAGAGCUGGGCAUCCUGAGGAGGCAGGCCUUGCAGCAUCUGAGGCAACCAUGUGUGGAAAAUACAGACUGGGACUUGGUACCAAAUCUAGCUUCUUGAGCCUCCAGAAGCAUCAUGUAUGCCCUGAAUGUGGCAGAAGCUUCUGUCAGAAGUCAGACCUCACCAAGCACCAGAGGACACACUCAGGGGAGAAGCCUUACAGCUGUAGGGAGUGUGGGCGAGGCUUUGGCCGCAAGUCCUCCCUCACCAUCCACCAGAGGAAACACUCAGGGGAGAAGCCUUAUGUGUGCCGGGAGUGUGGGCGCCACUUUAGGUACACUUCCUCACUUACCAACCACAAGAGGAUACACUCUGGGGAGAGGCCCUUUGAAUGUCAGGACUGUGGGAGAGGUUUUCGCCAAAAGAUUGCCCUCAUCCUGCAUCAGAGGACACACUUGGAGGAGAAGCCCUUUGUGUGUCCUGAAUGUGGGAGAGGCUUCUGCCAGAAGGCAUCACUCCUCCAACAUCGCAGCUCACAUUCGGGCGAAAGGCCCUUCUUGUGCCUUGAGUGUGGGCGUGGCUUCAGGCAGCAGGCACUACUCCUCAGUCAUCAAGUCACACACUCAGGGGAGAAGCCUUAUGUCUGUGCUGAGUGUGGGCAUGGCUUUCGCCAGAAGGUCACCCUUGUCAGACACCAGAGGACGCACACAGGAGAAAAACCUUACCUGUGCCCAGAGUGUGGGCGUGGCUUUAGCCAGAAGGUCUCCCUCAUGGGACACCAGAGGACACACACAGGGGAGAAGCCCUACCUGUGCCCGGAGUGUGGGCGUGGCUUUGGUCAAAAGGUCACCCUCAUCAGACACCAGAGGACGCACACAGGGGAGAAGCCUUAUCUGUGCCCGGAGUGUGGACGCACCUUUGGCUUCAAGUCACUCCUCACCAGACACCAGAGGACACACUUAGAGGAGGCGGCUGAUGUGUAUGGAGUAUGUGAGCAAGGACUUGGUCAGAAGUCUCACUUCACCUCUGACCAGAGGGCACACUCAGUGGGGAAGCCAUGUGUGUGCAGGGAAUGUGGGCGAGGCUUCGGCUUCAGGUCAGCCCUUAUCAGACACCAGCGCACCCACUCAGGAGAGAAGCCAUAUGUGUGCAGGGAAUGCGGUCGAGCCUUUAGCCAGAAGUCUCACCUUCACAGACACAGGAGGACCAAAUCUGGCCAUUGCCUCCCACCUCAAGAGCUGCUCUCCUGACCUUUCCUUUCCUCUUGAGUGUGAAGAUGGCAGAAAGCACUAGGAGAUGUUCCACUUUCCUCAGAUGCAGUGGAGGAAAAAAUGUGUUCUUUCAGUGAUUGGAAGAUAGUUGAUUUAUGGUUUACUUUAUGUGCUAGCAAUGUGUUUUAAUUUGCUAGGGCUGCCAUAAAGAAACACCACAAAUUUGAUGGCCAAAGAACAAUUCAAACUUGAUGGCCAAAGAACAAUUUUCUCACAGUUCUUGGGACUGGAAGUCCAAGAUCAGUGUGUGCACUUUGGUUUCUACCGAAGCCUCUCUCCUCCGUUGACAGAUGCCUACAUCCUUACUGUGUCCUUGCAUGGUCUUUGUGCACUUGUUCUAAGGACAACAGCCUUACUGGGUUAGGGCCCCACUCUAUCACCAAACGAGGUCACACUGUGGGUUCUGGCUUCAACAUAGGAAUUUGGAACAAUUCAGUCCAUAACAGCCUCCUUGGACCCCCAAAAUUCAUGUUCUUCUCACAUCCACAGCAUGUUCUUAACAGCUCCCAAAGUGUUGACCCAUUCCAGCAUUGACUGUGUCCAAAAUCUCAUGUAAAUCAAGUGUGCGUGAGGCUAGGGGUGUGUUUCAUCCUGAGGCAAACCAGACAAGUUACCAAAGAUGUAGAAUUUGCAUUCCCUUUCCACAAGGGGAAACAAGAGAAGAUUGAUGAGUCCCAAGCACAUCUGUGACCUAGCAAGCAAAUUCUAUUAGGUUUUAAAGGCUUGAGAAUAAUGUCUGGUAGGAUGCUUUGCCCUCUGGUCCUGCUGAGGUGGCAGCAGCAGACUGACAGCAGUAUGCAACCCCCUGAGACCAUGGAGGCAUUCACCCUCCAGGCCCACCACGGGAAUGUCAGACCAACUGAUCUGUUUCACUGUCAGGGUCACUGUUUCCUCCUCUUGGUGGUAGCACCACAGAAGUCUGACAGCCGGCCUUUGCUGUGUCCCGUCUGUACCAUCCUUAGUACAGCCUCGUAGUUACCACUGAGCAUCAACUGGUUCCAAACUAAUCUCUUUAUCAAAUGACUGUCCAACAACACCACUGGUAUUCUCUCUAGAACAGGCUUUCUCAUUUUCACAAUAUGGAUAGGCUAAGAAUUCUCAAAAUCUUCAAGUUCUGGCUCCUUUUUGCUAAAUAGUUCCUUCAAUUUACCUCCCUCCUCACAUAUUUCUAGGAGGAGCAACAAAACAGGUAUACCUUUCAACACCUUGCUUAGAAAUCUCCUCAGCUAAGAAUUCGUCACUUCUGUCACCUAAGAUUUUGAUCCUCCACUAAACACUGGAACACAACCCAGCCACAUUCUUUGCUGCUUUAUAAUCAGGAUUGCCUUUCCUUUAGUUUCCAGUAACGUUCCACAUUUCUGUCUGAGGCCACAGCAGAAUCACUUCUAAUUUCCCUUUUCCUACCAUAGUCUCCUUGAGGCAACCCCAGCUUUCUCCAGCAAGCACCUCUAAACUCGUCCACCCUCUACCCACCACCCAGUUCCAAAACCACCUCCAUGGUUUUUCAUAUUUAUAGUAGCACACCACUCAGUACCAAAACUGUAUAUUCUUUUACCAGGGCUGCCAUAACAAAACCAGAGACUGGAAGUCCAAGAUCGCCCUGACCUACUGAACUUUGCCUGCUGGCUGGCAGGUGGUACCUUCUCCUCACGUGGCCAUUCCCCUACACAUGUGCCAGAGAGCAAGUGAACUCUGGUGUCCCUUACUCUUGUAAGAUCCAGGCUCCACCCUUACAACAUAAUUUAACUUUCAAUAUUUCCUUAGGUCCUGGACCAAAUACUGUCACAUUAGGAAAGGGCUUCAUCAUGGACUUUUUUGGGGGGAAAUUUAGUUCAUAACACUGCCCUCUGGACUCCCCGAAUUCCUACCUGGCCCUCAACUCCUGCCAUAAAGGGUCCUGAUCUUUUCUUUCCCAGGAGUGUGAAGCCAGCAGGAAGCACUGGGCGGUGCUGCACUUUCCUGAAGUGGAAUGCAGGAAGCAUGCUGGUCCUCUCAGUGGCCAGGGGUGUGUGUGUGUUGUGUGUGUUUGGGGGGGGGGUGUUGGACACACCUGCUUUCUAAGCCCUCCUCCACACCCAGGUCUGUUUAAUAAACUGCUUCCUUACAAAGCUGAA